CAGCUUAGAAGAUUUCCCCGGAAAAAUAAAGAGUGUCUAAACAUUCCAUGCAUCAUAAGAAUAUCACGUCAUGAACACCGCAUCUCUUUCAAUUCUUCUCUUACUCCCGAAAAAUUGAUAUGCGGAGUGUGUCACUGGAAGAUAGACACAAAUUAUGGAAGAUAUUCUUGCGUAAAGGGUUGCAAUUAUGGUGUUCAUUCUAAAUGUGCAACACGAGAAGAUGUAUGGGAUGGAGAAGAACUUGAGGGAAAACCAGAAGAUCCAUAUGAAGACAUUAGCUCCUUCAUUGAGAUAAGUGAGGGAAUUAUACAACAUUUUAGUCAUCAAGAUCAUCAUAUGAGACUCGAUGAGAAGACCGAUAGAGCUUUUGACGAGAACAAUUAUUGUCAAGCAUGCACACUUCCCAUAUGUGAUGAUAUUAUUUACAGUUGCAUACAAUGUGAUUUUAUCCUCCAUCAAGAAUGUGCACAACUUCCUCGGAAGAAACACCAAGUGACUCAUCCUCAUUCCCUUAGUCUACAAGUGGGUCAUCAAGGCUGUGCAUUGUUCGAAUGUAAAGCUUGUCUUCGUUCAAGCAAUGGAUUUGCGUACUUAUGUGAUGAAGAGGAUUAUGAGUAUAUGUUAGACGUAUGUUGUGCUUCUAUAGCUGAGCCAUUGGAUCAUCGGUGUCAUCAGCAUCCCUUGUUUCUUACAUUUGAGCCCCGAUCUAAACAAAUAUGUUCGGUUUGCCACAAAUCUCAAGGUCAUCGUCUAAAUUGUGGAGAAUGUGGGUUUGUUGCAUGUUUUGGAUGUGCCACUUUACCCAAUAAGUUGAGGUACAAGCAUGAUGAACAUGUUCUUCUUUUUUCUUACGAAGAAGAGGUAAAUGGUCAAUACUUCUGCGAAGUUUGUGAAAAAGAAGCAAAUCCGAAGAAUGGAGUUUAUAUGUGCCAUGACUGCAACGUUAUACUGCAUAUUAAAUGUCUACUUGGAAAAGACGAAAAUAUUAUGCAUGGUGUAGUAAUCGAGUAUCCUGAAGUGGAUGUUUCUAUUCUUCUCAAUGAUCGCCUUAGUCGCAACAUAUGUAAAAGUUGCGAUAAACUUUGUAAACACAAAAUAGUAUACGAAGUAUCUGAUUUUGAGAUAUGUUCUCUCAAGUGUCUUGAAUUUUGUUGUUCUAUAUUUUACUAUGUUUGCUUAAUGUUUAUUUUCUCGUUCUCUAUGUUUUACUCAUAACCAAUGUUUAGUUGGGAGGCAUAUUAUAAAAACUUUUGCAUUUUAUACACUUCUCCAAUACUAUGUAAGCAAUAUUGAACCAUUGUAUAUUGUCAUAUUGCACGAAGGGACUCCGAACAUAUCGAUUAAUAUAUGUAUAUAUAUAAAAUAAAAUCAGAAUUAUAAGGAUGUCUGGAUGGUACCAAUUUUCUUACCAUUCAGAUUUAUGCAAUAUUGGCUAGUGUGUAUCAAAACACCCAUAUCUUCCUAAUCACUCAUUCCAACAUUGUAAUUAUCGAGGUGAUUAUAUAUGCCUUUGUUGUUCAGACUUGGGGUUUCUAUAUAGUUGCGCAAAAAAAACGUCACUCCUUAAAAGACUAUGUUGCAUAUAUUGUAUGAAGUUUACAAGACUAAUGAAUACUAUUUUAAGGAAAAUUAAAGCAUUUGCUCAAAAUAAUUACCAAAAUAGAUAUGACAAAUCUUACUUCAAGUUGUGGGUACAAGCACUAUAACUCAGAAAAUACACUAUUCCAAGAGUUACAACAGAGCCAAUGCCAUAUUUUGGCAUCCACUAGUAAAGAAUGUAAAGAAAGAAAAAAAGAGAGUCAAUAAAACGGCUAUUGCCCUCGUCCCUUUUGUAAUGAUCCAACUACUGGUUUAAGUAGUUUAACCUUGUUGAAAUCUGCAGGGCAAUAACUUUUCUCUACUUCCCAAGCGAGCUGUGAC